GUUCAGACAGCAACAGGUGCCCUCCGCUCAAACCCCCCCUCAAAAAGACCGACUCGUGGAUGAAAUGCAGGAAUUCCAGGUGGAAAAUGACCGGUAGAAAAGUUUGAAGAACUUUGUGGCUGAGGUCAAAAGGUGCUCCAUGUGAGGAGAGAGCGUGACCUGCUCGCAGUCAUGAAGAGGAACAAGCAGAUCGACGUCAGGCGCGCCCUCGCGCUGGCCGGCACCUUUAACUUCCUGUGCUCCUGUUCCAGAGCCUGCCUGCUCCCCUUCCUCACCCUGUACUUCAGACAGCUGGGUCUGACUCCAGCGAUGACGGGCAUCGUCAUGGGAACUAAACAUCUCAUAUCGGUGGUCUGGAGCCCCGUCGCGGGCGCGCUCUCCAAACACUACGACAAGAGGCGAGUGGUGAUAAACGGCUCUCUGGUGUGUUCGGCGGCGGUCGCUCUGGUUCUUCUGCUCAUCCCAACUACAGAUGUGAACACACAGACCGGCGCCUGCAACGCGUCUGAUCUGAGCAGCGGCCCAACCCCAAAUGUGGGUGGUAACCUGCUCACGAGCAGCGUCGGACCGUCCAUAUUGUCCCCUACGACUCAACCUAAAAUCAACACAGCUCUUGUUUCCCAGUCUGGCGUCACUUUGCCUACAGAGACACUUCCUGACACUGAAUCUGCUCCCGUUGUGACGAGCAAAACGUCACUUCAUCAGCCUGAUGGAGAGAAAUCGCACCCUCCGCCGUCACAAGAGAACACAGUCAACAAGAGUGCGGGGGAACCAAAGAUCAGUGGUUCCGUCGUACACCGGCCCACCAGCUCUGCGGCGGCUCCACUGAGACACAAGAGGUCCGAGUCCAAAUCAGAGUCAGGAGAACAGCACGGAGAAAAGACAACAGAGGAGGAUGACAGGGAGGGCAACUUUGACUUUCUGGGCAGCCUGAAGGUGAUGGACCCUCUGCACCAGCUCUUCUUCUUGAUACUCAUCACUGUGUCGGUGUGGGAGUCUUCGUCAGCCCCUCUGGAGUGGGCCGCAGACGACGGGCUGUACGAAUAUCUAGACUACGCAGACGCUUCGGACCGCUACAGCAGCACCAGGGUGUGGGGUUUGCUCGGAGCAGCGUGCGGGGUCGGAGGAGCGGGGUUGCUGGUGAGCCAGUUGAGCUGUGUCAUAGCCGGGCACACCUCCCGGAGCGCGGUGCAUUUCUACUGCUACGCCGGCGUGGCCGCUCUGGCCCUGCCUGCGGCCACCUACCUCCCUCUCUACCUGAAUAAGAAGCGAGACAGGGCCAACGGGCUCCUCAAAGCCAUGCAGCUGGUGCGUGGCUCACCCCGCGCUCUGCUCUGCGCAGUCACGACCCUGUCGGUCGGGGUGGCAGGGUCCGCCGUGGAUAACUUCCUCCUGUGGCAGAUGCAGGAUCUCGGGAGCACCGAGCUGCACAUGGGUCUGUCUCUAGCCCUCGCUCUGCUCUCGCAGGCUGCCUUCCCUCUGCUGGCUGGCCGAGUGUCCAAGCUCCUCAGCCCGGGAAGGGUGCUCGCUGUGGGGGCCGCGAGUCUCGGGUUUCAGUGCUUCUAUUACUCCUUCCUCUGGGGGCCGUGGGCUGCGCUGCCUGCUCAGGUAUUGAGCUGUUUUAGCAGUGGGGCCCUCUGGUGGGCUGUGAAGGUCCAGUGUGAGGAUGUCGCCACACCGGGGGCUGAGAGGAGUGUGAGGAGGAUCUACAGUGCGCUUUCUCUGCGCCUGGGGAGCGCGUUGGGGAGCGUUGCAGGUGGGUUUGUGGUGCAGAGGUUCGGGCUGACGUGGCUGUUCAGAGGAGCGGCAGUGGGUCUUUUGCUGUGGUGUGUGUGUCUGCCUCUGCUCCAGUGGAAAGCCCCUCGCCAGCGCAGGAUUAACUAUUCUCGCCUUUUGGCGGCUGAUGCAAGUGAAGCCAGUGACUCUGAGUCUGAACAGGAGAGAGACUGGCUUGAUAAAGCCAUGGAAGAAGACAGAGGCAAUAACAACAAUGGACGGAGGAUAAAGCACUAAAAGAGAGCAGAGAGAUAGUCCCUAGAUAGAAGGGACGUACCUUCACAAAAUCAAAUCAUAGAAUCAUUUCUAUCAAUAUGGAAAUAAGAAUUAUCAUUCCCCACCAGGUUUCAACUCUCAGGUACAGACAUGUCACUCUUUAUCAUCAAGUAGCAUACUCCAGAGUGGGAUCGCUGAUUUCCUUCAAGUUUAAUUAAAGAAUUCAGUGUUGUGGCAUUCCAGCUGUCUUGCCAUUUUAUCAGUCUGCAGUUAAAGUGUCGGCUGCACUGAUGGACUUCAUCUCCGAGCCACCUGAGCCUUUACAAAACACAUUUGCAUAAGCAAUCAUUGCUUUAUAAAGCAAACAAAGGAGCAAGAUUAUGGGUGGGCAGAAGAAGGACUCUGUACCACCAGGCGAGUUCAGCAGCUUACUGUAUGCAUCAUGACAAUAGAAACACCGGAGCUUCUUACUAGGAAUGUAAACACAAGACGUGUGCACAAGGUGAGGCUGAACUAGACUGGCAACCACCACACCCAGUUUGUUUAUCUUCUGCUAAAGUCACUGCAAUGACUUUUUUGCCAUUCACUGUGUCUGCGGCCUCACUCGGACUCCAGACUGUGUGAGCUGAUAAAAUGAUUCGAUAUGAGCCCUGUGUUGUGCAGUUGUGAGCUGAUGCAUGCGGAACAUCAGGAAGCAACUGUGUUUGUCUAACCCAUGUUUCAAAGGGAGUCUGCUGAACAUACCUCAUGUCAAAUGGGCCAUUUUGACCUAUUAGGAAACAAGUUUUGACACGUGUUUAUGCACUAUCAAUAUCAAAUGAAUGCUGAUAUAAAAGGCUCCCUGACUUUCUUUUGUGCAGAAAGUUCAUGUAUGUAUAUGUUACCUGAGUACUGUGAAGAGUAAUCUAACCACGCUAACAGAAUGAACCCCUUUGUAUUGUCGAAGCACCUGAUGCAUGACUCCAGCAUCAGCUCUUCUUGAGUAUUUGCAAUAAAUAAAAAUAUUUAUGCUGACACUUACAUUCCAUAUGAUACCAGCCGCCAAAAUAAAUGUUUGUUUUAGAUCCAAGUGAUCUAAAGACACGGAUCUCCCUCUGCUUUUUACACCCAGUGGACUCAGUAUGUACCAGGGUGUGGGACACUGCUACCCACGGCACAGUGGCAGCUCCUUUCCAUUUUAUACUUUUUAUUUAAAAGCUUUAGUUGUUUUUUAUACCCUUAAACCAUGUAUCCCCAAAUUUGUUAUCAACUGAAUGAUUAAGUGUUCCUUUAAGAGUUCAGGAAAGGUCUCCUAAGCUAAAUAAACUAUUUAAAACUCAUUGUCACAAAGCUGGAAGUCAGGGUUGUUUUUAUUAUCUUAUGAAGCUUUUCAGAGAUGCAUGGUGCUUAAAGGACAGUGACACUACAAACAUAUAAAGUUCUUAUAGAAUAUGAUGCAUUGCU